AUGGAUGGUAUGCUAAUGUCAAUGAGUUCAAGUACCUCUGCUACGGCUGCUACACCCACCAUGACAAGCAUGUUAAUGUCAAUGGCCUCCUCCUCGGCAACGGCCACUAACAAUAUGGAUAUGGCGGCUACCGCUACCGCUACAUCUUCGGCCGCUGCUAUGGGUGGAAUGGGUGGAAUGGGUGGUAUGGGAUCUGCUAAUGCAUGUAAGAUUUCCAUGUUAUGGAAUUGGUACACAAUUAAUACAUGUUUCAUUGCUAGAUCCUGGAAGAAUGAUACAAGGGGUAAGUUUGCUGGUUCUUGUAUUGGUUGUUUCUUACUAGUAUUGAUUGCUCAAUGGUUGAAUAGAAUUUCAAGACAGUUGGAUGUAGAAUUAGUUAAGAGACAUAGUCAAGUUCAAUGGGCUAAAUAUAUUGUUGAGAAGCAAGAGUUUACUGAUGGAAGUAGCUCUCAAAAGAGUGACGAAAAAGAGAUUCAUACAGGUAAGGCAACGGAAUUGAGUAACGAAAGUUCUUUCAUGACUUUGAUAGUUGCAUUGGGGAAGACUUUGUCUCAUUAUUGGUUCCUCAAUUUUAUUGGCAAUGGGGAUUUAAGAGAAGAUUCUGAUGAUUUGUUUUUGAAAACUAAGAAGCAAUGUAAUUCGGGCACUACUAAUGCACAAACUAACGCUGUUUUCCCAAGUCUUUUAGAUCAUAUCGCAAGAUCAUUCCUCUUUCUUGUGCAAUGGGGGUUGUCUUAUAUCAUAAUGUUAUUAUUCAUGUAUUAUAAUGGUUAUAUCAUCAUUAGUUGUGGAUUAGGUGCUUUGUUCGGAAGAUUAAUCUUCAAUUACGAACCAUUAGCUACCUUUAAUAGUAGUUCAAUUGACGGUAAUCUUGCCCAUGAUAAAGAAAGUAAUGACAGGAAAUGUUGUUUCUAG